CCCACAAAAGAAAAAAAUAGAACCUGCCAGCAGAAAACAAAAUCCAGUUUCUCCAUUCUCUCUCUAUUUUAUCGAGAACUUCCUUCCCUGGUUCUUUCAAACUCAACUGCAUCUUCAUCUUCCUUUCAGAAUUUGAGUCAAAUUUAGAUUAUAAAUUCGAAACCUCUCUCCUCUCUGUGGGUUUUGGGAUUUUCUUUUUCUUUUGUGGGUUUUGAAUUUCGAUUUCGGAUUCACUCAAUGGUAAAAUUGAAGAAAUUCGAAAUCUCUCUUUUCUCAAAAAUGUGUGUUAAUGGAGGAAGAAGGAACUGCAUGGGCGGAUUUAUUAUGGUUCACUGGUUCAGGUGAACCCAAUGAUUUUUGGAAAAAAAUUGCCCGUUUUUUUUUUUUUUUAAAUUAAAAAUAUUUUAGAUAUUAAAUAUUAGAUAUAUACUAUAUGCGUGUAAAAUAAAAUAUGAAAGAAGCUUGUUUCCUAGUGAUUUUGUAUCUCCACACGCAUGGGGUUCGAAACCUCAGGCAAACUUUUUUUUGUUUUUUUUUUUCCUAAGCCUCCUCAUUUCUUUUCCCCCACAACCCAGCCAACAUUUUUCGUUUUUCUCCCAAACAAAGUCAAAACCCUAAAUAGUGAGUAGUAACUCCCUAGCCAUUGACGGCCCACGGCCAGUCGCCCACCGUGACGGCGUGACACCGUCUCUUCCGUCUUCCCCACCGCGACGGCGAACCAGCCGGCAGCAAGCCUGCAACCUUUCCGAAUUCCGGCCGAUUGAAUAUUGAAAGGGUUGGAAUCUUGGAUACGCCAUUGGAAGGAAGGAAUUAUGAGGUGAUUGAGAUUUGAGAAGGCCCAGAAGGGGAAGGAAACUCACUGUCAAAACCUAUUAUCUCGUGCCGGUGUUGUCGUCUGGUUCUCGUUACAUGUUGCGUGCAAUGGAUUUUUCCCAUUUUAAGCUAGAUAUUGAUGAUCUUAUCAAAGAGUUUUCCAAGGGAGAGCUCAAAACGUUGUCGGACAUGAAAAAAUUGUGGCUUGAACGAAAGUUUUCCUACAUAUUUGAUGCUCGGCCUUCUACCGGCUUGACGAUAUUUAUGCAAUGUUUUUACAGCCAUACUAUAAGUCACAUGGCCCCCACUAAUUCUUUGUCACAAAGAUUGGGCGCCCUCUAUGUCCUCUAUUGUCUCUAUGAGACACAACCAUUCAAGCCUUUGAUCAAGAUUUAUCUAUCUCUUGGAGAGUUAAGACAACUGAAAGCUCUAGUUGUUAAUGCAAAAGAAAAGGGAAUCAAAGUAGCAUCUGUUUUGGUCAAAAGGAUGCUAGAUAAGAAUGCAUUUUUGUUUGGCUUUGUUAACACAAAUGAUUAUUCUGAUAAAGAGAGGAUAAAGGAGUUGGUAAAUGUGCAGAAUGCUUGCAUAAAGAAGAUGCAUGAAAAAUUGUUGGCUAAUAAUGACAUUGAACGUCAUCUUCACUUGGACAUGGGCAUGGAACUUGACCUAGAAGCCCUCAUGAAAAUGUCCAAGGAAUAUGAAGAAACAAAAAAUCUUGCCAUCAGAGAAGCUAGCCAGAUAGUUGAUGUCCAAAAUAUAAACCAUAUAACGGAAGAUAGGCUGACAGUUGGAGAUGAAGUGCAAAAGAUAAAUGAGGAGUGGGGUAAUCAAAAGGAAAUGUUCUUGCAACUAACACGAACAGACCAGCAUCCAGCUGUAACUCAUACCAAGCAAAGAGAGAGAUCCCAAGAGCGGUCGAUGCUGCUGCAUGCUGCUGAACAACAGCAAAAUGAUGAUGAACUGCAACAAACUAGGUUCAUGGAGCUACUCUUGGGAAAUCAAUCACCAGAAGCAGCUCAUGGGAAUGCUGGACGCACGCCAAAUGAGCAGCAUUCAGUUCCCGGAGAAGUUGAGCUAGAUGAUGACUUAGAUUAUGCUAUGGACCUGGAGAAUGAGUUAUUUAGAGAUUUCCUCUAGAUUAUUUAUUGUGGGAAUGUUGAUAUUUGUGCCAAAAGAAGGUUUGACAUGGAAGAUUAAAAUGAGUGUAGUUAUAUAGGUCAUAGGUGAAAUGAAAUUUAUACAUAUUCCAAUUUUGAUCAAUUAUAUGUAAAUACAUAAGCAAAAUCACUAUCUUGUGCUAUUUCUCAGUGAUGAUGAAUACUCACGUUUUGUAUUGUAUUUUAGGCUUGUAUUAUUGUUGUGUUA